AUGACAUUCACUAGUAUUGAUAAUGAGGUUAUGCACAACAGUACAACGAGUCAUUUUAAAAUUGUGACGGGACGAGACAAGAAUACCAAUCCGUUAUACAAAAUAAGUGGUAGAUGUGGCAAUCCGUCGGUACACGGUGAUAUUGUGGAAACCGAGAUCAAGGAAUUCAUGAAUUGGGCAAAUGGUCAUCUACAAGACAUGCCUGAUGCUAAAUUGAUUACUGACCUUGAACAUGACCUUGGUGAUGGAAUGACUUUGUUACAUCUAACAGAAGAACUGGCUUGUGAGGUGCCAGAAUAUCACCAUGACAACCCUGUGAUGAGAUUUCAGAAGAUGGAGAAUAUUGCAGGAUGUAUACAAUUUCUUUGUGACCGAGGAGUUUAUAUAACUGACAUGCAUGCUUCAGAUAUCGUUGGUGGUGAUCUGAAGACGAUAUUGGCAUUGUGCCACGCACUGCGACUACGAUUCGAUGGCAAUUAUGAUAAAAGAAAUCAAAAUCAUCCCAAGAUGCCUAAACUUGUGAAUCCUUCUUGGCCAGUAGUUUGCAGUUCAAGCCAUGUGCCUGUGUCGCAAAGAAGGAUGUCUAAUCCUUCACUGAGAAAUACGACAAGACACAAAAAGACAUAUGAAUGUGGUUACCAUAGUUACUACAAUGUUCUUUUUGGAAACCGAAAUAUGGGUGGAUUUGUGAUUUUGUACAAGGAAGAUAUGGCAGUCUUAAGUUGGGUACAAAAACUGUUACGAAUCACAAUACCAGAUUACACAGUAUUUGAAGACGGUAUUAUCUUAUGUGCCAUAGUUAAUCAGUUAUGUAAUGGCGUAAUAUCACAUGAGGAAAUCCUGUUCCAUACUCCGGAGGAAAGACUGGAAAUCGCCGUAGAAACAGCACAGUAUCAUCUUGGGGUUCCUCCACAACUUGAUAUUGAUGCUGUUUUACGUGGUAAAGGACAAACUGAUUUAUUGAGUUAUCUGCAAGUUUUAAAAACUGUUAACUCCUACUCUACACAGAAAAUUAUUGAUGAGAAAAUAGAGAAAAAUAAAAAGAUGAAAGAAGAAAAACUGAAAGAAAAGAUGGAGAGACUUAAAGAUGAACUUUUUGAAAAUAAUGAGAAGAAAAUGGUUGGAGAUUUCUUUGAUUCUUUGGAGACAGAACUAAAAGACAUACAUGAUAGAAGACGUCAAAAAGAUUCCGAAUUGAUCGAACAAAUGAAGGAAGAAGAGUUGAAAUCAAGAGAUAGAUAUGAGCAAACUUUGAAUCAAAUUGAAAAAGAGCGGGAAGAAAUGAUGAAGAAAAAAAAGCUGUGGAAUGUGGGAAGACAGCUAAGUGAAACAGCAACCCAGUGUGAUAUAGAAGUAACAAAAGUAUUGGAGGAAAUACCUAACAAACAUAGUGAUAAUAUUGAUGAUCUCAGGAGAUGGAAAGAAAAGAGGCGAUCAAAGUCAAUAGAUGGAAAUGCAACUCGAUUGGUAGAAUUGGGGAAACACAAUUCACAAGAAAGCGACAAUGAUGAUGAUUUGGAUGAGAAAAUAAAAUAUCAUAAUAUACGAAGCAUCUUUGGGCGUUCUGAGAAAAAUCCUGGAGAUAAAACAAAUUUACGACCAAUUAUAUCGCUGAACAGGAAAUCAAGAGAAAUGUUGAAUCCAAGUUUAUCAGAGAAACUUGAACAGAAGGCAAAGUUAGAUCCAAUCGUUUUUCAGGACAUGACAUCCCCAGCAAAUGUUAAACCAAUCGCAGCACAGCACACAACAUCGUCAGCAUACAUGGAGCCAAUCAUAUCACAGAACACUACAUCACCAGCAAAUGUUAAGCCAAUCGUGGUACAGAAAAUGCCAUUGUCAGCAUACCUUGAACCAAUCAUAUCACAGAACACUCCAUCAUCAGUAAAUGUUAAGCCAAUCGUAUCACACAAUACUCUAUCGUCAACAUACAUUGAGCCAAUCAUAUCACAGAACACUCCAUCGUCAGCAUAUAUGGAGCAAAUCGUAGCACAAAACACUCCAUCACCAGCAAAAGUUAAGCCAAUCAUAUCACACAACACUCCAUCGUCAGCAUACACUGAGCCAAUCGUAUCACAGAACACUCCAUCGUCAGCAUAUAUGGAGCCAAUCGUAGCACAAAACACUCCAUCACCAGCAAAAGUUAAGCCAAUCGUAUCACACAACACUCCAUCGUCAGCAUACACUGAGCCAAUCGUAUCACAGAAUGCUCCAGCAUCAGCAUACAUUGAGAACACAACAUCACUAGCAACAUAUAAACCAACUAUAGAGUUGUACAACAGAACAAAUAAGCAAGAAAAUCAGGAUGAUAAUCAAUUGAAUAACAUUGGUUUGAACAAAGAUAGAACAGAAAUCUCUGUACCAACAACUAUACAUAAUGAUUUUAACUCAGAAGAUCACCAUAGCAACAAGAAACUACAUUUAUUACCAAGAUUAAUGAUGGAAAAGGCAGCACAAGAUCAGAAUACAAGUAUGAAGAGAUCACAGAUGAAAAGACAACACUUUGUGGAUGAGAAUAUGCCUCCAGUUUCCAUGGCAAUAUCAGAUCCUGCUAAAGCACCAUCCUCAGCUAUUAAACAUGAAGGAAGUUAUGCGUCGCCAGUUUCGCUCUACAGUACGCAUAAAUUUUACUCUCCGUAUUCAAUGCCAUUUAUACCAAUGACAGAUAACAGUCAGUUGCAGACUGUCAACUUGAGGAAACAGAGUUUGUCUACAUCACGCCAUGUACGGUUCAAAGAUUUAUCUGAUAUUCACAGGAAAACAAAAAGUCUUCCAUCCCGGCUGUCCAGUUUCUCACUGACCCGUAUCAGUAAGGACACUAAGCCUGAAACAGCAAAGACUUCUCACUGUCAACCAGCAAUGGACAAACCGGGGAUGGAUUCUGACAGAAAACCAUUCCUCAGUCUGAACAAAAACACGGAAACAGUACAAAUUUCAGGAGAGUCUCAUUUAUAUGAUGAUUCAGUAGUUAAGUUUACUGAUGAUAUAGUAACCAAGGCAACAGAUGAGAAGAUAAUUUCAGAAACUGAGGGUGUGGUAACCAAAGCUACAAAUGACAAAACGCCCAAAGCAAAACAAAAAGCUAUGGCAACUAAUUUAAAAGCAUUAAGACGCAGUCCUGUACCUAAGGCAACAACAAAUGAUGUAACCAAGACAAUAAUACGUGAUGUCAUUACUAAGGCAUAUACACACCAGAGUGAUGAUGACAGAAAGUUGCAUGCUAUUGAUGAAUCCACCAAUGAUGAUAAAAAGGUCCAUGCUAGUGAUGAAGUCAAAGCAAUGUUAAAAGAUGACAAUUUUGUGAAGUAUCAAGCAGAAUUAAUAGUAAAAUAUGAACAGAUAGAAGAUAAACCUGAAAUAAAAAGUAGGGCUGCUAUUGCAACUCAAUCAUGGAAAAAACCAGCAGAUGAAGAAAGCCAAGCCCAGAGCCCUCAUGUUGAGAAGCAUCAAAUAAGCGUAAAACAGAGCAGAGUUGAACAAAAACAAGAACAGAGUCUGGUACCAUUUCCUCAACUGGAUAAUACAAAACCUGAGGCAAAACAUAGAGCAGAGCUUGGUCACACAAGGCAGUACAAAAUUGAGAAAUCUGAGAGUGGUUAUAAAGCUGAAGAUACAGUUCUGACAAGCGAAUUACAGGAUAUUGUCAAGUCCAGGAGCAAACAAUCUUGUGGGUUGGAUUUAGGAACCAUGGAAACGGUGAACUAUUCUGGUCAAAAAUUUAAAAAUACAACAAAAAGUGUGCCUAUUGUGACACGUGAUGACAGUUUUGAGACAGAAAUUAUGUUAAUAAAUCUAGAAGAGAUUGAAUCACACAUAGAAACUAAAAAAGUAGUUACAAAAAGAAAAGUUGAUACAUCUAAAGCUCAUGAAGCGACUAUGAUGAUUAGAAUGGCUGCUAGACGGCCAACAGCUUUAGUUAAAAGUGAUGAGAAAUCAUAA